AUGAUUAAUGUAAUAUCUUAUAAAUUUAAGAAAAAACCACCUAAUUUGAAGCAUGAUUUAGAGGGAAAUGAAGCGGGAUGGGAUGAGUUUAUUAAAUAUAUGGAAAGCUUAAAAAAAUCUACUACUCCUUCGUUUGAGAACUAUGGAUAUAGCUCUGAUAUAUGUAUCGAAAAUUAUACAGGUUAUAAAAAUUCAUUGGAAGAAAAUAUUGAUGACGUUAUAAAAAUGAGAGAAUGGAAUGAUAAUAUGGAAUUUUGUAUGCAUCCUAUUUGUAAAGAGUCGUCUUCCGAUAUUGAUAAUUGUUCUAUAGAAUCAGAUAGCGUAUUUAAUUUUGAUAAAUAUAGGGUAAUUGAAAAUAAUAUAUACUCCAAUAAUGCAAAUACCAAGAGGAAAAAAAUUAGAGAUAAAGACAAUAAUUAUAUAGAUAAUGAAAAUGUGGAUAUUAAGGAAUUAAUGAAAAAAAAUAAAAUAAAUAUCGAGGGAUUUAAUAAGAGGGGGAAUAAAAAAAUGUAUGCUAAUAUGCACAAACAUUAUUUAAAUAUGAAAAAAGGUAUGAAUAAUAUAAUAAGUAAUGAUGGCAAUUAUUUAGGUGAUAAUAAAAAGGCUAUACGCAAAUCUUUAAUGAAGUUACGUGAAAAUUUUGUAGAAAAGAAAAAGGAUAUAUCUAAAUCAUGUUUAAAUGAUCAAAGUAUAAACAACAAUACAGAUGAUAGUGGGAGUAAUGAUAAUUUAUCUUACAAUGGAAAUGAAAAUGCAAUGGAAAAUGUUUCACAUUAUGAUAAAAAAAAUUGGAAAUAUAAUAAAAAAGGGUAUAUAGCAAAACAUAAAAUUUUAAAUAACGAUAAAUCUUCAUUAAAGCAGAAAUCUAAGAAUACAUUGACAUAUUAUAAUGAGGAAACUGAUAAAGAUUCUGAUAGCAGUGUCGACAGUGAUAUAAGCCAUAACAAUAAAAUGGGGACGUAUAAUAGGACAUUAAAUAAUAAUAAUAACAAUAAUUAUCGUGUUUAUUCAGCCAUGGUUAAUAAUGGGCAUAAUAAAAAUAUAAGAAAUAAAAACAAUGAUAAAAGUAAAAAAGGAAAAAAGAAAAAGCCCAAAUCGAAAGAUAAAAUGGAAAUUGAUGGAUCUUAUGCAUAUAAUUAUGCAUACAUAAGUAGUAAUGAGUCGGCACCAUCUAGCUCAAGGGAAGGAAUAAAUGACACUAUAAUGAAUUUGGAUGAAGAAACAAAAAAUUAUAAUUUUAGCAGCUUUAUGUAA